ACAGGGGGUCACCUUUUUGACCAUUAUUUAUUACACUCCAAACGCCACUUUUCUGUCACUGGAACAGUAAUUGAGGUUGCGUUGAGCAAAGCCCGGCAGAUGUCGUGUAGCAGGUUUUUGUGACAGGGCGAUGCCGGUGAAUGCACUGGGCGUGUGUGAAGAUAACGCAAACGAGGGCUGGAUGUGAAAACUGUCAGGAACAGAUAAUGCUCAGUAACCGUCGACCCCGGCUUGCAACAAGUCAGUCUUUCUAAAGAGAGUGCCCAGUACCAUGAAGUCAAGAGUGUGUCCAGAUACUCCGAUAUUUACAGCACCUGCUUACUCACGGGUCAUCUGACUUUAUACAGUAAGUUUCGACAGACGAUGAUUAGAUGAGACUCGUGAACUUAGUUUUGGUCGUCUUCUCCAAAUACACGAGACAAUGUUGCGAAUGACAAGAUUCACACUAAGGCCACUACAGCAGUGUAACAUUACCUGCUGUGGGUCAAAUGCAUUAUAUCAUGUAUCUAAUCGGACCUCAAGAACGCCACGGAAAAGGCAGCUGAGCGAGAACGGAUCGUUUGAGGUCCGUGUGAUGCCUGUCUGUAAGGGAAGGAGCGCGUCCUGGCUCUCUUGUCUCAGACCUGGGGGGCUGUUUCCGCCCGAGAGAGCGUGGGCACGCUGCAGACACUCGGCUGCUCUCUAUAGCACAUCUACGGACUCCAAACAAACCGAGAAGUCUGUGGUAAGUCAGGAGAGCAAAGUCAAAACCUCAGAAAACUCGCUGCGUGUUCCCUCGGAGGAUGUCAAGAAGCUGCUGCAGCUGGCGCAUCCUCAGCGGUGGAGGCUGACAGCUGCCGUGGGGUUUUUGGUGAUCUCCAGCUCUGUCACCAUGUCUGCACCGUUUUUCCUGGGAAAAGUGAUCGACACCAUCUACACUAGCCCUGCAGAGGACUUCACCUCCUCCCUUACCUCCCUGUGUAUCUUGCUAACAGGGGUCUUCCUCUGCGGGGGCGCCGCAAAUGCUGCCCGUGUCUACCUCAUGCAAAUCUCAGGGCAGCAGAUUGUUCGGAAGCUGCGGGUGUCCCUUUUCUCCUCGAUCCUGAAGCAAGAGGUGGGAUUCUUUGAUAAGACUCGAACCGGUGAGCUCAUUAACCGCCUUUCGGCAGACACGGCCAUCGUCGGGCGCUGCCUCACUGACAACCUGUCCGACGGGCUGCGUUCCCUCGCCCAGGCAGGGGCCGGAGUUGGCAUGAUGUUAUAUGUGUCACCUAGUCUGGCAGCUUUUGUGCUGAUGGUUGUUCCUCCUAUUGCCUGCCUGGCUGUAAUUUUCGGUCGAUUCCUGCGAUCCAUAUCGAGACGCACGCAGGACGCGUUGGCAGAGGCUACACAGUUGGCAGAAGAGAGGAUCAGCAACAUACGGACAGUCCGGGCUUUUGGAAAAGAGCUGACGGAGGUGCAGAAGUACUCUGAAAAGAUUGACUAUAUUUUUGCACUGGCUAGGAAGGAGGGCGGGCUGUCUGCUGGAUUCUAUGGAGUGACAGGACUGAGUGGAAAUGUCAUCAUCCUGAGUGUGUUGUAUAAGGGAGGUCUGUUGAUGGCCAGUGAGGCCAUGACUGUUGGGCAGCUUUCCUCUUUCCUAAUGUAUGCCUUCUGGGUGGGCAUCAGUAUCGCAGGUUUCAGCUCAUUUUACUCCGAGUUAAUGAAGGGACUUGGUGCUGGGACUCGUCUAUGGGAACUCAUGGACAGAAAGCCUGAAUUUCCUCUCAAUGAGGGGCUUGUAUUAACACCAGAGCAGUUAAAAGGGGAACUGGAGUUUCGUAAUGUGUGUUUUGCUUACCCAACAAGGAAGGAUUCCCCCAUCUUCCAGGAUCUAAGUCUGUCUGUGCCGGCCGGGUCAGUGAUGGCAGUGGUGGGAUCCAGCGGUUCAGGCAAAUCCACUCUCGUGUCACUAUUGCUCCGACUCUAUGAUCCUGAUUCAGGUGUGGUCAGUGUGGACGGCCGUGAUAUACGAGACUUGAAUCCUUACUGGUUGAGGAAUCACAUCGGUACUGUAAGCCAGGAGCCAGUUCUAUUCUCCUGCUCUAUUGCUGAGAACAUUGCUUACGGGGCGGCAGACACAAGUCACGUCACAGUGGAGGACAUCUACAGGGCGGCGCAGAUCGCCAACGCUCAUGACUUCAUCCAGGAAUUCCCUAAGGGCUAUGAUACAGUGGUAGGAGAGAAGGGGGUAUUGCUGUCAGGCGGACAAAAACAAAGAGUCGCCAUAGCACGAGCCCUGCUGAAGAAUCCAAAGAUACUGUUAUUGGAUGAAGCUACGAGUGCUCUGGAUGCAGAGAAUGAGUUCCUGGUACAGGAGGCAUUAGAGAGGCUAAUGGACGGCCGCACUGUGUUGAUCAUCGCUCACCGUCUCUCCACCAUUCAGAGCGCCGAUGCCGUGGCUGUGCUGGACCAGCACCGCGUGAUGGAGAUCGGCAGCCACGCCACACUCCUUGCCAACGACCAGGGGCUUUUCCGCAAGCUGAUGGAGAAGCAGGCCUUUCUGCAGGCCGCGCAGAAACACGCUCUCUCCAAAUAGAAGUCAUUUAAAGACUUCAAAGGGAGCGCACAAAUUCAAACAUGUUUAAAGGCAUUUCAUAUGUUUUUUUAUUGUGCACUCCAAUAUGACUGAAAUGUAGCUAUUUAUCAUAAACUGCCAAGUAACUGGAAACCAGUUGUAUACUGAUCAUUGUUAAGGACAAUGGCAAACAGUCACGGCUUACAUGCUGCGGACCUGAUAUAAUACUCAUACGAGUUGCGGAAAACACUGCUUUUUAAAUAGUUUUACGCUUUCAUAGCCCAAGAAAAACAUUAAUACAUUACAAAGAAAGCUUUGGAAAAGCUUGAAAGGAAUAUGAGGGCGAUUUGAAAUAAGAGACCGAGUUACUUGAUGCUACUGCUACCAUUACUUGUAAUAAAUCACGUCACCUUUUAUUAAGGAACGGGUGAUGAUCAGUUUAUUGAAGUGUACCUAGGGCCUCAGUCAGGAAACACAAACAGAAUGAAUUUCUGUGUAAACUGCACAUAAAACAGUAAACUGUUGCAAUUGAUUCACUGGGGAUAUUUACACAAGAAUGAUUUAUGUAAAACGUAAAUUAAUUUCAUGUACACAAAUCCAUUCUGCAUAGGUUUCAUAAAGAAGUACUUCGUGAGGGUGAUUACAGACGCAGUCCUUUCUUAUCACCUUUGAUAAUGACACAGAUGUCAGUAAAUCGUGCCUAGAUCAUAAACCAUAAGCUUUUACUGGGAUGUAAUCCAACUCUAACCCAGUUACAGUGCCAUUGUCAGUAAUGAAGAUACAAUUUUAGAAGGAUCACCUGUAUGAACAAUUGUAAAAGAAAAAAGGAUAGAUAUGAUCGUCUCAGUUGUAUUUGAGAACAGACACUAUAACAGAGAUAUUUUAAUGUAACUUUGAAUCAAUAUAUAUUUAUAUAUACAUAUGAAUCAUUUGGAUAAGAGGAAAUCUAUUCAGAACUUUACAAGAUUUUAAUAUUUAGUGUGGUAACUUAUUAGGUUUCGGGUUUGUGAAAUGUAUGUGUUCGUCUGUUUAUUUUCUAUUGUUUUAUCUGUACUCUUAAUAAAUUACAUUGAAGCACUGAUUGCUUUAAAACGC